AUGCAAGAGGUUUCGCUCGCCGCGAGCCGAGCAGCCACUGCGUCGCACCAGGCGGCGCAAGCCGCCCUUGCGUGCGAGCGUUUCACCAAAGCAGCAGAGGUGGCGCGGGUGGAAGCUGCUGCGGCAGCCGCAACUGCUGCUGCAGUCGCGCGAGCCGCCAUGGCCAACUCCGACGAGCUCCCAGCCUCCCCGCAGCCGUCCAUGACCUUCCGGCAGCGCCGAGGCUCGAAGCACCUCGACCUCAUUCAGGACGCGAUAGCCGAUCCGACUAACUCACAGACAAGUGACGCGCCGGCGACUGAAGCGGCUCGCACCUUUCGGAGGCGUCGCUCCUCAAAAGACUUGAGCGGCGAGCUUCCGAUUGGAGCUACACGGCGUGGGCCCAUGUCCUGGUCCGACGCUGUCGCGGGCGCCGUACCCGACGGAAGCAGUGGCGCCGAGCCGGAGACGUUCCAUGAGCUCCACUCGCCCGACAAGAUGGACUGGCCCACAAAGCGGUGCUCUGCGACCGAGCUGGGCGAAGAGGCGGACGAGGCGGAGCUCCCGUUCGACCCCGCGCUGGUCUGCUCCUUCUCGUGCCACGGCAUCGAGCCCUCGCCGCAGGGAACUGGCCAGCACAAGGAUGGCAAGGCGGUGUCCGGGUAUGCGAUGGAUAUCCUCGUCGACGAGAUUGAGCGGCGGCUGCUCGCGGACGAGGCGAUCGCCGAUGCCUUUAAGCGCGCAUUCGAGGCGACCAAUGAGGCGCUUCGCUUUGCGUCGGGGGUGAAUGCGCGGGUCUCGGGGGCAUGCGCGCUCGCGGUCCUGCUCCAUGGCACGCGCAUCUGGUGUGCGGGCGCGGGCGAUUGUCGGGCGGUGAUCGGCGCCGUCAACGAUGCGGGAGAUUCCGUCGCCAUCCGGCUUUCCGUCGACCACCGGCCGACGGACCCAAUAGAGCGUCAGCGAAUCGAGGCGGCCGGCGCGGCAGUGUGGGAGGGGUGCGACGACCCGCAGCACGGCGUGGAGCCGGCGCGGGUCUACCGUGACCUCGGGCAGCGGAGCUCGGGACCGGGCCUCGCAAUGUCGCGUUGCCUCGGCGACCUCGACGACGCCGAUGCCGGCAUCGUGCCGACCCCGGCAGUGCGGUACUACGAGCUAUCGCCUCAGGUGCCGCGCGACGGCCAGCGCGAUCUCUUCCUCGUGCUGGCGAGCGACGGUGUUUGGGAGCACCUCAGCGACGAGGAGGUUGUGCGGCUCGUCUCCCGCUUCCACGCUUCCGGGCAGCCCGCCAGCGUGGCGUGCACAAACCUGAUGGCCAGCGCGGCCAUGUGCUGGCGGCGAGAGGAGGGCAACUAUCGAGACGACAUCACCGCCCUGGUGGCCUACCUGCCAUGCAUCGGCUCUUGUGGGCGGGGAGAGUGA